UAUUAUUGUCCUAGAUCAGUCAACACUGGAGGGUUAUUACUGACAUUUACUCAUCAUAACAGCACGUUAUGUUAGUCUACCAAUCAGUGUGGUUCCUGGUUUGCAGUUUACAGCCUUCUCUACUUGACAUGUUAUCUGCAAGGAACAUGGAUGCAGGAAUAGAGCCAUAUUUAAGCAGAAGAUUCUUGGCUUUGCAGAUAAGGAAGACUGUUUCAGUGAAGGCUGUAUGUUUGUGCUCUUCUCUAGUAGAAAUGAAGACGUAGACACGAAACAACCCACUGCUGUUUUCUUAGGGUACAUCCUUUGUUUUUCUGGUUUUGGUCUUUUCAUCAUAGGAUGGCAUUAGCUCUGUGUCUGCAGGUGCUGUGCAGCCUGGGUGGCUGGCUCUCUCUCUACAUUUCCUUCUGCCGCCUGAAUAAGCACCGAAGCUAUGAGUGGAGCUGCCGGCUGGUUACAUUCACCCAUGGAGUCCUCUCUAUAGGUCUCUCGGCUUAUAUUGGCUUCAUUGAUGGCCCUUGGCCUUUUACCCACCCAGGCUCACCCAAUACACCUCUCCAGGUGCACGUUCUGUGUCUCACCUUGGGCUACUUCAUCUUUGACCUGGGCUGGUGCAUCUACUUCCAGUCGGAGGGUGCCCUGAUGCUGGCUCACCACACACUGAGUAUCUUGGGCAUCAUCAUGGCCCUGGUGCUUGGAGAGUCAGGCACAGAGGUCAAUGCAGUCCUCUUUGGAAGUGAGAUUACCAACCCCUUACUGCAGAUGCGGUGGUUUCUCCGUGAAACAGGGCACUACCACAGUUUCACUGGAGACUUGGUGGACCUCCUCUUUGUGGCUCUGUUCACAGGAGUGCGGAUUGGCGUAGGAGCUCACCUCCUUUUCUGUGAAAUGGUCUCGCCCAAGCCUAAGUGGUUUGUGAAGGUUGGGGGAGUAGCUAUGUAUGCUGUGUCUUGGUGUUUCAUGUUUAGCAUCUGGCAUUUUGCAUGGAGAAAAAGCAUCAAGAAGUACCAUGCCUGGAGAAGCAGGCGGAGUGAGGAGCGGCAGCUAAAACAUAAUGGACGUCUCAAGACUCACUAGCCAAAGCUAACUCCAGACAAUGGAUUGGGUUAAGUCAGCCAUGGGAACCAGGUUGAAAAUAUGGCUAUCAUGGAAUCAUGCUUAUGACAAACUUAGGUUACAAAAAAGGGCUAAAUUUAUUGAUCAGUGUGGUCAGUCUUUGAACCAAGCCUAUACCAGUAUUAAAACACUGACCUCCACAGUGGCACAGUUGUAGAAAGUGAGAGUACUUAGUGAUGGUUGUAAGGCAGAACUAUAUGAGCACCACUGUAUACAUUUUAGUCUAUGGUGACCCUAGGCCCUUUUACGCCUGAGAGGCUUGGUAUUUAGACAACUUAGGAAGUUGAGAAAGAUUAGUGCAAUAUUUUCCUUGUUCCUUAGAGAAGUGAGUCCAACAAAUACUUAUUCCUGCUUUCCAUGUAAUAUUUAAAUAAUUUAAAUAACUUCAUUCCAUUUGCUAUAAAGCAAGGGACUUUCAGGAAGAUACGUGGCUUUGGCAUUCUGAGCAUUGGAUCAGGGAAGCCAAACUUGCCCUCUGCUUAAACAAAGAGGGCUAGAAGGAUGAGGUGAAACUGUGGCAGUGGUAGUGGGGUACUUACUGACUCCUCCAUCCCAAAACCACACCCAGGCUUAGUCAUUUGUUAGAAGGACUCAGCAUAUGGUUGUACUUAAUGGCCGUGCAACAAAGAAAAAUCAGCAAAGAGAAAAGCCGCAUGGGCAAAGUCCAGGGGAAACCAGGCACAAGCUUCCAAAGUCCUCUCCUGUGGAGUCGCUCAGAAUGUGCUUAAUUCCUCCAUCACUGAGUUGUGACAAGUAUGAAAUGUUACCAAACAGGGAAGCUUGCUAGAGACCUAGUGACCAGGGUUUUUAUUAGAACUGAUUGUGGAGGCACCUCUGCCUGGCACGUACCAAAAUUCCAGACUCACUGUCAGAAGGAAAGCAGGUGUUCGGCAUAAACCAUAUUGUUUUGCACCAAUAGUUUAGACCCAGUGAACCACUCUUAUCAUUAGUGGUGGGAACCGUCCUGAAAUCUUAAGGUCCCAGAUGCUGGCCUAGGAUCAACCUUGCAAGCAGACCUGGAACUUAAGGGUGGCAGUUUAGGCCUGCUAUUUUAACUUUUUUUUUUUUUUUUUUUGCACAAAAAGUAUAUAGUUAGGGCUUUGGGUGCAAGAUGAAUGUGGGGUGGGCAGAUUUACUGAGUCCUUUUGUACACGUUCUGCCCAACCAGGAAAACUGUAUGCCAGUUCUCAGGGCUUUUGUGCAUUAAUCUCCUAGGCAUGAAAGGCUAUGCCUAAAUCCCAUAGGGGUUUACUAUGUGAGUUCCACUGUGCUUGGGAUGGCAGCUUAGGUUUCAGCACUGCUGUACAUACUGCAAACUAGAACCAAAGAUGUCAAAGAAGACGUGUGCGUCGGCCUCAGGGUGAUAAGGCUAAUUUUGCUGUUGUUCCUUUCAGAUUUAUUCCCUUUUAGUCCUCUUAUUACUUUUUCUUCUCCUCUUGAAGUGGUGCCACUCUCUACAGACAAAGUAUCAUCACAAGGCCAGUCUUAGAAGGAAAACGAAUAUUUCUUAAUGCAAAAGUCGCUGAUCUCACCUAGGAGAAGCAAAAAUAUAAACUUAGAUCAGGGGGUUAGGAAUUAAGAAUUCCUGGGUUAUCCACCCCAUGCGGAAACCCUGGUGGUGUAGUAGUUAAGUGCUGCGGCUGCUGGCCAAAAGGUCAGCAGUUCGAAUUCACCAGACAUGCCUUGGAAACCCUAUGGGGCAGUUCCACUUUGCCCUUUAGGGUUGCUGUGAGUCAGCAUUGACUCGGUGGCAACAGGUCUUGUUUGUUUUUUUUACCCUAUGGGCAGCUCUGCUGUGUCCUAUAGAGUUGCUACGAGUUGGAAUCGACUCAGUGGCAACGGGUUUUUUGGGUUAUAAACUAAUUUUGCUAUUUACUUGCCAGAUGGUUUGGGCAGGUCACUUGUUUACUCUACUUCAGUUUAAACCCUGUUGUGAAUGAAUGAAAUAUGCCAUGGUGUAUUUCAUAGAGAGAUACUAUGUGGCAUUUAACUAUUGGUAGUCCUUCACAUAGGCCUUUUAUGGGAAAAUGAAGUAUUUAUUUAUUUAUUGUUCAUUUAUUUAUUUAACUCUGUUAUUUAGACCAGUGGGUAAUUAGCUCAGUUGGUUAGCAAGUGGAUGGUGUGAUUGAAGUCAAGGCUGAAGGUCAGUACGCAGUGUCAGUCAAUUUCAGGGUCACUUACUAACCUAAUGAGUGGUCUUGAAAGUGGUUGUUACUGGCCACAGAAACCAGGCAUGAGGGAAUGACUGGAACUGCAUAAAGUCAUCUGUGUGAUGGGAAGGGCAACUUUAAAGGUAUGUGCAUAGUGGGUCUUCAUUUGGUUAGAGAGUUUUGCUGGGCAUUAAAAUAACCUUGAUAGUCUUAAUCUGGUACCAUUUCUCUACCUCCUUUUUUUUCUGUGAUCAAACAAAAGAAAACAAAACUCAUUGCCAUCAAGUCGAUUCUGACUCCUAGCGACCCUAUAGGACAGAGUAGAACUGCCCCAUAGGGUUUCCAAGGCUGCAAAUCUUCACAAAAGCAGACUGCCACAUUUUUCUUCUGUGGAGCAAAACGGUGGGUGGGUUCGAACCACUCACCUUUCCAUUAGCAGCCAAGCGCAUAACCACUGUGCCACCAGUGCUCCUUUUUCUAUGUUUAGUAUCCCUAAAGUGCUGGUGAGCUUCUUUCCAACAAAUCUGUGGUCAAAAUAGGAUGCUGGGGAAUGCUGAUUUUUAGCAAAAAGCCUAGUAAAAAAAGUGGCUUGGCCCAUGAGCUUUAAAAAAAAAAAAAGAAAGAA